AAAACAACGCGCAGUUAUAGUCUUCAAAACAAAUGCAGCAAAAUGCUUGGCAAGAGCAUUGAUAGGUAAAUAUGCGCGACAUUUACAGAAACAGUACAGGCAAGCAGCCAACAUUUCAUGUCAUUCGAGAAGUCUACGACAGUUCAAAUGCACACGAACGCUUUGAAGCAGAGCUGGAAAAGGCGCUUGAGGCCAAAGUAGACUUUAUCAUCAUCGAGCCGCCGCGAUUAGGAGAUGAGACGGGUCGCUGGAUAUGGGUAGGCAAUUGCCUCCAUAAGACUGCAGUGGCAACUGGCGUUGUUUCCUUAAUAUCUAGCUUGUUGUGGUACGACCGUCCAGUGAUUGCGGCUCCCAUUUGUGCAAUGUCGCUCUUCUGUACCGGAUUGUAUACAGUUUCCUGGAACUAUGAUCCUUGCUGCCAAUAUCAGGUGGAGGAGAACAACGAAGUCGCAUUAAACAAACUGCCGUUAACAGAUGUAUCCUCGCCUGUGAUCCUGGGCUAUGCGCCUAAUACUCAAUCCAAAUACUUGCAUCGUGGCAUUACCUUCUUAUCGGCGGCUUUGUGUGCUUGGCAGAUAUGGCGGUCAUAUAAGUAAACGAUAAGCACUCUGAUUGGGAUAAGUCAGCCAUUGCCAAUGCAGGCGGCAACGAAGCGGCGCGUAAUCUUGAACUUGGCCCCAAGUAUUUGGUUUUAUAAGUUAGUUGAACGCUGUGGCGUAUGCAUUUCUUUUAGAAUUUCGAUAUUUUUCGUUUUUCCUAGUUAAAUUUUUAAAGUGGUUCAGAGUCCGAAAUGUCAACAUGAAUGUUUCUCUAUAGUUGUGCAUAUUUUUGGCAGCUAUUCAUUCGCGAUUGCAUUAUAAAUGAAUGACAUAUAUUUAUGUUCUAGUAUUUAAUGCCCUAAAAAGUCUUAAGUUAAAUGAUUGUUCAAGUGAAGCACUGUACAAAUAAUUAAGCAAAAUUACUUUGUGUGUAUGUAUAAAUAAUAAUAGUGAUUGUUAUUAGUAUAGAAAACAAAAAUUAAAAGCAGUGCAAGAAACUAAAUAAACUCAAUGCGGAACGUGUUAUUUAAAUCGA